AUGUCGGGAUACGAGCUGCACCAGAAGCUGCGCACCAAGGUGGUGCGUCUCACCAAGAAGAAGGCGUAUCCGGAAGCGAUUGCCGCGCUGCACACGGGCGCACUCGAGCUGCUUUCGCAGGGCGAGCAGGGUUCCGGGUGCGAUCUGGGCAUCUACAUGCUCGAUGUCUACAACCUCGCCGACACUCCCGUCACGGCCGAGUCCCGCUCUCGCAUCACCGACAUCAUCGCCGCUGCCAAGCCCGACUUUUGGCGCAAGAAGCUGGUGGAUGCGGCUGUCAAGUGGAGCUGCAAGAGCGGUGGUGAUGGCGAGCUGCGUUUGUUUGUCGCCAAGCUGUAUGCCAAAGACGGGGAGUACUCGCUUGCGGAAUCGCAUUUCCUCGCUGCAUCUGGCACUGACGUAGAGGCGGCCAAGGAGUUUGCGCGGGCCAUGGCGGCGUGGUUGUCGGCGGUAGCCAAGAGGGCAGCGCAGGAGGAGGGGGAGGAGCGAACGCAGGACGCUAUCGAGCGCAUCGAGGCGGGUGGGUUUGCUCUGCGUGCUACGCUGCCGCUGCUUGCCAACAACGUUCCCGCGGCGGUGGCGUUCGUCCAGACGUACCUCGAGACGCUCACGGCGCGGUUGCGAUCGCUACUGCUACCCAUCUCGCCCAACCCGCGCGCGUUCAGCGCGCCCAACGGCACCCAGACCGACUUCAAGCUCAGCAUCACCGCCAACUCGGAACUCAACUUUGUCCAGAUGGCCACAGCCCUCUCCCUCGCCGCACAGGCCGGCGUCAACGACGCGCUGCGUACGGCCUGGGUCAAUCUCGUACGUCAGUUCGAGCGCGAAUCGCAACCCGAUGCCAACGCCGCCAGUGCCAUCGCCCAGAUCGGCACGACCGUCUUCGGAAUCGCUCAGAGGAGACAGGGCGGCAACAUGCUCACCGACAUGAUGGCCAGCCUCUUCAACGCCCCUCCCCAGCAACAGCGGGUAGCGCCACCACCAUCACAGUCCACCCAACCCGCACCGCCUCAAGCGUCGCCAGCCACAGAGGCCAAAGCUGACGACCUCGUCGACGACGAAAUGGACUGA